AUGAGCCAUCAUAGCACUCCGCAAAUCCACAACAAGAGGACCCCGGGUACGAUGGCGCUGGACACCCCGGGGCAGUUGGGCAAUACGGGCGAAAACUCCAUCACUACUUCGGCCACCUCUGUGUCCCACGCCUUGAUGGACCUGACCCAGUGUGUGCUGGACACCAAUGUGUCGCUGUCCAAACAGCUUCUCAAUGCCUACAUCUACGAUUUUUUGAUCAAGAACACCUUGCCUCAGACCGCCAGGCUGUUUGUGUGCGAGGCUGACAUUCCGUCGGUGCCAUAUGACCAGGCUCAGCAUCUGCCCUCGAAACAGUCCAGCAGUGCCACUUCCCAAGCAAACCAGCUCUCAGAGGAGCAUCACUUGCCCAGGGUGGCGCUCUCCAUGGACGCUCCGCAGGGGUUUUUGUUCGAGUGGUGGCAGGUGUUUUGGGAUGUUCUCCAGGCGAGAAACGAAAAGAAUCCAUCGUCGGUGGCCUCUCAGUACUACCAAAUGCUGCUUAUGAAACAAAGACAUCACCAGGAGGCCCUGGGCAUGGACUGGCUGCUGCUGGGCAUGGCGCCUCGUGUCCAACAAAACCCGCUGGGUAAUCCCCAGUUUGCAGGUGCUGGAGGAGCGGCUGGGAUUGCUUCUGGGUCUAAUCCGCAAAUGCUGCAGUAUUUCCCUCAGCAGGUGCCCAUGCAUAUGAUGGGGCCCCAGGGUCCUUUCCAGCAGAACCCCUCGGGCGUUCAGCGGCAGUUCCCUCUUGAUCAGAGGCAGCAACUUCAUCAGCAGCAGCAGCAGCAGCAGCAGCAGCAGCAGCAGCAACAACAACAACAACAACAACAACAGAGGAUGAUGAUGGCGAUGAUGAUGAAGCAACAACAGGCACAAGCGCAGCAAGCUCAGCAAGCGCCACAAGCCCUGCAAACUCAACCUCAACAAGCUCAGCCUCUGCAACAGCAGCUGCAACAACAACAACAGCUGCAGCAAUCGCAACGUAAUCAAGACAACCAGAUGGCUGCUCAAUCGCAACUACAAAACCAGACUAAUAUCUCUAAUGGCAUGAACCGCAUGGGUGUUGCCUCUAAUGGCAUGCAGAUUCCUGGAGGACCUGACGCUAGGGCGCAGUUCCUGAUGGGAAUGAACAUGAACAUGGGUAUGCCUCAGCAGAUGUUUGUGCCUCAGCAGCAGGGACCUCUACCUCAACAUUCACAACAACACCUUCUGGUCCAACCGCAGCAGCUGCCUGGGCAGACGCCUCACCAACAAGCUCAACAGGCUCAUAAUCGCAUCCAGGAACAGGCCCAGACUCAAAUGAACAAUCUAAGACAGCAAGCUGUGUCUGUCCACCAACAUACCCCUAAGCAGCAGGGACAGCUACCUCAGCAACAAGGUCCUCACCAAUCUGGUCCUGCUGCUGCCGCCGUGGCUGCCGUAGCUGCUGCCGCGGCCGCUGCUGCCUCUCAACCGCAAUCGCAGGAUGAAUUGAAUGGUAAUGGAGCCAAGGGAAAGCAGACAAGGCCCAUACGGCCCAGCUCUCGCCCCAACAGUGGUUUACAGCAGCAAUUCAGACCUCAGAAAAUGGCCAAUGGUGGCAUGUCGCCAAUGGCCUACACAGGUCAAAUGCUAAGACAGAGCCAGAACGGAGCUAGCGGCGUUGAACAGCCCCACAAUCAACAACACCGUAACUCUAACGCAUUGCAGGACUACCAGAUGCAGCUCAUGCUUUUGGAGAAGCAGAAUAAGAAGCGCCUUGACAUCGCUCGUAAUAGCAGCGCAGGCGAUCUCAACUCUAUGUCGCAGAUGCAACAAGUACAACAAGAGGGUUCCAUGAUGCAGCCUAACAUGCAAGCCGCUCCUCCAAAAGCCUCUCCAGCGCCAUCUCCCGUUCUCAAUAACAAGAAUCUGCCGUCUAUUUCUAAAGGCAAGAGGGGGCAGACUGGCAAGAGGAACAGCAAGGCCGGUGCAUCCUCAAACAAUGCUAGUGGUGGUGUCAGUGGCAGAAAUAGUGUUUCAGGAGCCAAGAGAGAAAAUGUCACACCUCUUACUCCUGCUGCUGAUGUGGACUCAUCAAAUAAAAAAAGAGAAGAAGCUCCAGUAGUGUCACCUGCGAAGAAGGCUGCAAAUAGCAAGACUUCAAUUAAAAGGGACGAAGAAAAUAAGCCUAAAAAGCAGGAGGAGAACAACUCAGACAUUAUUGAAGAAGUCGAUCUUGACAAGAAGAAUGAAAUGGAUAAUGAUGAAGAUAAGCUACAAGCAUCAUCUGCAUACUUUCACGCCUCGUUGGGCGGUAAUGAUAAGAUGGUAUCUGUUGAUAUUCUUGGGGGUGCCAAUGGCGAAAACAACUUCUUCAAUUCUGCUGUGGCCUCUGGCAUGGACGACGUGGACUUUGAAUUCAACAAUUUUCUCGAUUCCGCGGACGCUGGUCUUAAUGGUAGCAUUACUGGCUUCAACUGGGGCAAUCCAAUUGAGGGAGGUGACUAG